AAUCUACUAUGGCAAAGUAAAAACUAGUAAAACGUUUGCAUCGUAUGUAUCGAUGUAUAUUUAUACGAUAUAGUUGAAUUGCUUUAAACGUAAAUAUCGGUAACAUUAAAUAACAUUAUAAGUAUUGUCCGUAGAGACGAACAAUUUUGCUAAACUGCCGUAAAGUGAGUGUAUAUGUGUCGAUGCGUUUGUACGGUUUCGUAUAAAUACCUGAGGUCUAAUGCCCAAUUUUAUAGAAAGAUACAUUUCGAAAUCAACACCGACGAUUCCUUCGAUUAAUUUCAUAUCUUUUUAAACUCUAUGAGUAUGGAGCCAGUUACCAAAGUUCCUUUGCCAUUAGAACCCAUAAAAUCAAAUCAGGUGGAAGAUAGAAGAUUGUGGGUGGGCAAUUUAGAUUUAAGGAUUAAUGAUUAACUGGUACAAACUCCUAAAACUCGUCCAAAAACAUGGAACAAUCGAAAAGUUCGACCUCUUGUUUCAUCGGUCAGGCCCACAAGCUGGUCAACCUAGAGGUUAUGCAUUUGUUACCUACAAAACUAUUCAAGAUGCGAAGACAGCCAAAGAUGCUUUACACAAUUUAAAAGUAGGAGCAAAAAACAUUAUUGUACGAUGGGCUCACAGCGUAACAGAGUCUGACAUGGAUAAGCCAAAACCAAAAAUAGAUAUACCUGCUUUAGCUGGAGCUAAAAAGGAAGAUAAAAGAAUUAGUCGCGAGACGGCAAUUCAAGCCAUAGAAGCAAAACUGAAAUUGAUGAAAGAAUCAGAAGAAGAGUUUGAAUUAAAUAAACCUUUAAAUGGCUCACCUGUAAUACAUUUGUAUCAAAAGCCAGAAAAUCCAAAACCGUCCACAUCAACUCGUUAUCACAAUCGAAGCGGUCAUUAUCACAAUAAUAAGCCAUACAACCGUCAUAAACCAAGAAGAUAAUUUCAAUUGUUUUCUUUUUUUUUUAAUUUAGUGUUACAAUUAAAACUAAUCAAUCCAUUUUUAUUAAUUGACAUUUGUUCCAUGAUCAUUAUUAGCAUAUUUAUAUUAUUUAUAUUUUGUCUUUAAGCAAUGUGUUUGUAUUAAGUCAAUUUUUUUUUUUAUUAUAAAGCCUUAUAUUUUUUA